AUCUUCCCGAACGUUCGCUUUUCUGUUUUCUUCCGGGCUGCACUGAACCUCUUCAGUUGCCGUAGGCAGUGGGUCGAAAGUGCCGGUCAAAAUGGAAGUGAAUCCCCCCAAACAGGAGCACCUGCUGGCCCUGAAAGGUCCUGUUUCCUUCUGAUUUGGAAAGAGAGUCUUAUAAUUAUAAAUUACAUUCUAGCGCUGAAGAGUGCAUCUAAGAAAUGUUUUCUUCAUUAAGAGUAACUGGAUUACUGCAGAAUGUCUACAGAAGUAAUAUUACAUUAUCGACCAUGUGAGAGUGAUCCCACACAACUGCCAAAAAUUGCAGAAAAAGCAAUUCAAGACUUCCCUACACGUCCACUAUCGAGAUUUAUUCCUUGGUUUUCGCAUGAUGCGUCCAAACUUCCACUCAAACCUAAAAGAUCACCACCUGUGAUUUCUGAAGAGGCAGCUGAAGAUGUGAAACAAUACUUAACCAUUUCAGAACACGAUGUUAAAUCACAGAGUUAUGAUUGCACAGUAGAUCUUUUGGAAUUUCAACCUAAUUUUAAAAAAAGGAAGCACUUAAUCCGGUCACUCUCACUGAAUGAACAGACUAAUUCUGGAAAUUUAGAUAAACAAUCAGAAAAGGGAAGACAACACAAGAAGAGGUUUUGGAGUGUUUCACUUCCCAACAGUAAUUGCACUGAAAAUAUUUUUCCUUUGUCUAAAAACUUGCGAGAUAGUUUAAAGGCAUUGAAUUUGCAUUCACUUUAUAGAGCAAGAUGGACUAUAGAGCAUGCUAUUUGUAACAACCAAACUCUGGAAGACAUUUGGUCAAAACUCAAUCAUAUCAUCCGGCACAAUGAACUUCCAUCUUGUAAUGCUACAUUUCAGAGACACUUAGGCCAAAUAUGGGUGUUCUGUGAUAUUAUGUACUGUGAAUAUGUGGGAAGUCUUCUUAAAGGAAGGUUAGCUCUUACUGGGAAAAUGAAUUUAUUUGUGCAUAAAUAUGGUGUUAUUUUUAGUAUGUAAUGAAUUUUACUGAUUGUUAAAGAAAAGAAUAUUCUGAAUGAACUGAGUAGGAUCUGAAAUAGUGUGAUCAAUCAAUUUUUUACAGGGUUUUAAAUUUUUUAUUUAAUUUUUUUAUUUGACCCCUCACUAAGAUAGCCUCUUCAUUCUUAAUAGUAUAAAAAAAAUUGUGUGGUAAUUUGUAUACAGUGGUUUCUCAGAAAUAAAUGGCCAUCACUUGAGUUCCUAGAUGUGUAUUAAUACAAGAGCUUUCCGGGUUAUACUUUUAGUAGUUUUCUUCUAAAUAAAUUGUGAUAAAUUGUUAUUUUACUGAGCUUAGAGGUAAAAUGUUCUAUUCCUUUGUUCUGUUACUUUUCCAGUGGUUGAAUUAGUGCAAUGAAUUACAGUGAAUGGUUGAAUUUUGGUAAAGUCCCAAGAUGUAAUUUUAUAGUGUUUUUUCUUUACCGUUCUAAAGUGUAAUUAUUAAAAAAUAAUAAUAAAACCAGUUCUAUUGCAAAUGUUAUUCAAAUAGCAUGAACAUAGUUCAAAUUGGGAAAGUAGCCCAGAUUGUACCAAUGUUUCCAAGAAUCUGUAACUGACAAUAGUUGAUGUGGAAUUUUGUGUAAGGCAGAUGUGCUAACCACUACACCAUGGAACCUGGAAUUUUGAAACAAAAGUAAAAAUGUAUAAUUUGCCUAAGACCAUAAUGUAUCUUUAAGGAUAUAACUAUUUUGAAGGGAAGUAUCAAAUGUGGGUAAGAGCUCGUUAUUCUUUAUUUAAUCUAGUACAAGUAUUCAAUAUUAAUCGUGGUUAAUGCUGAUUGCUAGUUGAUGGGUUCCUGGAGUUAUUGUGAGUUUCCCAAUAGCAAAAGUUUUAAAUUGGGUGUACACAUCACCUCAUAAAAAUACCCAAAAUGAUUAUAAAGGUUUUAUGUAAAAAUAUACUUAUUUAGCAAAUUUAAGUGCCUAACGCGAGCUGGUUAGAAAGCGGUAUGGAAGGAGAAACAUGGACCUACCCUUACAGAGUUUACGUGGAGUUACUUCCAUUAAGUGGUCAAACCACCUCCCUGGGAAACAGCAAGAAUUGUAGACUUUCUGAAAGGCAGACACAUUUGCCUUGUGGCACAGUGCCUGAUAAUGGUAAGGGCUCAGUAAAUAUGUACAUGCCCUUUGGAGGGAUUCUUUGUAGCCUGCCUGAGUUGAGGUUGCUUAAAAGCAAACUAUUAAUUUUUAAAUAAAGUGAUAAUUUUUUUCCAAUUAGAUUUCAGUCUGUCCAAACACUUUUAACUACUUUCAGUACCUUUUUAUUGUCUCAAAUGAUACUGCUGUCUAGAAAAUAAUCAUCAGGUGCAUGAAUGCUUCCAAAAGUCUUUAAAUGAAAAAUCACCAGGUUUAGAGGGAGUUUCUGAGGUCACUUUUUCAGUAAUUACUUCUUCUUUGUUUCCUUAAUCAUCUUUUCAACCUAGGCAGCUGACGGGUAUCAAGAAAUUAUUGAGUAUUGCCACCAAGCUUUGCAAAUAAGACUUGUCAUAUUGUUAGGCAGUCAUAGAUGGUGGAUUUAAUUUUUUUUGUUCAGGUCUUAUUUACCAGAAGUUGCUAAUUAAAAGUAAGGUAAUUGUAAGACAAAGUCACUUGAACAGAAGACAGUUUUUUUUCUGACAUAGUUUAAAAUAUAAGGUAUAGUCGAGUCAUGAGAUUGUUAUGAGCAGUUUUUUAAUCCAAGAAUCAUACUUGUAAAAAUUCUUUAUUUAAAUUCAAUUUAGUUAACAUACACUGUAUUAUUAGUUACCAGGGUAGAAUUUACUGAUUUAUCAGUUGCAUGUAACAGGCAAUGCUCAUUAUGUCAAGUGCCUUCCCUAAUGCCCAUCACCCAUUUAUCCCUUCCCCCAUUCACCUUCCCUCCAGCUACCCUCAGUUUGUUUUCCUAGAGUUUAGCAUCUCUUAUGGUUUG